CUGCCGGACGCUGGAGGAGGUGACGGCGUCCCUGGGCUGGAGCCUCGAUCGCCUGGACCCCGGGGAGGCGGAGGCGGCAGAGCUGCAGCCGACUCGGCGUCAGGGGAGCUUGGAGGUUCAGUUCACCUUCCUCUGCCACAGAAUUGCCCACUUCUGCCUGGGACAGCACGCAUUCCAGGAUUGUUAAAGGACAUCAGAUGAAGUUGUGAUAUGCCCUUAUGACUCCAAUCAUCACAUGCCUAAAUCGUCUUUAGCAAAGCACAUGGUGUCUUGUCAGCUGAGGAAACUGGGCUACACCAAAGAGGAAGAGGAUAAAAUGUAUAAUUCUGAUUUUUUCUAUGAGAAUGUGAAGAUACCUUCAAUUACUUUGAAUAAGGACUCACAAUUCCAGAUAAUUAAACAAGCUAGAACUGCAGUUGGAAAAGAUGGUGAUUGUUAUAAUCAAAGGACUUACUCUUCAUUGCCUGUUGAAGUUCCUCUGAAUCACAAACGAUGUGUUUGUGAUCUAACCCAAGCCGAUCGUCUUGCCCUCUAUGAUUUUGUAAUCGAGGAGACGAAGAAAAAGCGCUCUGAUUCUCAAAUUAUCGAAAAUGACAGUGAUCUCUUUGUAGACUUGGCUGCCAAAGUCAAUCAAGAUAAUAGUCGAAAAAGUCCAAAAUCGUACCUUGAAAUCCUUGCAGAAGUGAGAGAUUAUAAAAGAAGACGCCAGUCCUAUAGAGCUAAGAAUGUUCACAUAACCAAGAAAUCGUAUACUGAGGUGAUUCGGGAUGUGAUAAAUGUGCACAUGGAAGAACUCAGUAGUCAAUGGCAAGAAGAGCAGGAAAAAGCAGAGGAUGCUGCUGAAAAGAACGAAGAGAGGCGGUCAGCGUCAGUAGACUCACGGCAGUCUGGUGGAAGCUAUUUGGAUGCUGAGAGUUCACGACAUAGAAGGGAUCGAAGCAGGAGCCCACAUAAACGGAAAAGAAAUAAAGAUAAGGACAAAAACUGGGACUCAAGAAGAAGGAAAGAGAGGGAUGGGGAAAGACAUCAUAGUCAUAAAAGAAGAAAGCAAAAAAUAUGAAUCAAGUGUUUGUGCAUGUAUUAAGUGUGCUUAUGCCAUGAUAACCAACAUGCUGAUAUUACAGUUAAAAUUGCUUUGAGUAGGAGGAUGUGUUUGUGUGAUCUGCUUAGUGCUCAGAUCAUUAUUUUUCAGUAAAUACUUAUGUCUCAAACUGUGAAUACACUAUGAUGCCCUAUAACUUUGUUUUCCUUAUAUUUUAAUAGAUGAUUGAUUCCUAUUUCUGAUUUUGUUUCAUUCUUUGUGAUAAUUUGUGUAUCAGAAAAUUCUUUAAUUAAAACCAAUACUUAAACUAUAUAAAUAAUACAUGAAUAUGUUCUCAUUGUAAAAAAUGAAACCUUGCAGAUAAGGCUAAAGUCCCCUUGGAACACCAGCUGCCAUCCCUGUGCUACCCCAGUAGUAACUCCUAUUUACUGCUGCACUGGGGAAUUGUAACAGGGGAGAACGACCUAAACGUCUGUCAGAAAGGGAAUGGCUUGGGGCCGGCCCUGUGGCGUAGUGGUUGAAUUCGGCACACUCUGCCUUGGUGGCCCGGGUUCACAGGUUCAAAUUCCAGGCACAGACCUCUGCCACUUGUCAACCAUGCUGUGGCGGUGACCCACAUAUAAGUGGAGGAAGAUUGGCACAGAUGUUAGCUCAGGGCUAGUCUUUCUCAGCAAGGGAGGCGGGGAAGAAAGGGAAUGGCCUGGCUAAAUAAAUAAAAUAUGGUAUAGUCAUAUGAUAGAUUACUAUAUUGGAUUUAAAAGAAACUUUAUAUUAACAUGGAUAGGUCUCAGAAACAUCAUGCUAAGUGAAAAUAGUAAGUUAUGGGAAGAUAUGUCCCAGUUAUAUUUAUGUACAAAACCAUACAUUUUCUCUGGCUGUGUAUGUAUUUGGAUAUAUUUGUAAAGGUUCGGAAGAACCCAUACCAAACUUGUAACAGUGGUUAUUUGGGGGAGGAGAUAUAGAUGGGAGAGAGAAGGGGUGAAAACCAGGAUUGGGAGAGGAAAAGGAAACUUUAGCUUUAUCCAUAAUACAUUAAUUUUUUAAAAUAAGGUAUUCAUGUUUCACUUGUCAAUUAAAAUAUACUGUUUUUUGUAAAUCAACUUUGUUGAGGAACUGUUUACAUGAAAUAAAGUACACCCAUUUUAAGUGUG